AUGCGUUCAUUCAUCACCCUUGGCGCCGUCGCCUUCUUCGCCGUCGCUUUGGCGGAUGUGACUACUGGUGAGCUCGUGACAGAUACAAACCAAACCGCCACACAAUCAAUAUUGACAGGAAGUGCAGUGACCGUCACCUCCAUAAGCACCGCAUACCAAUGCGGCCCGUCAAGUAAGUGCUCAUCAGAAGCUAUUGCUGCCCUGUCAAACCCUCCUAGCAUAAGCACAAGCAUCAUGAGCACAUUCACUACGUCGGUUUCGUCUGCCUCUCCGACGACGAAUGCCUUGACCAUUCUAUGGUGCGCGAUCACUCCUUGCACUUCUGUUGCGAUUGAAACUGCCUGGCCGCCUACGUCGACGAAUGCUUUGAGCAUUUUGGAUUCGGCGUUGGACGCGAGCUCAUCAGCUGCUGCUGCUGAGACCUCUAGUAUGAGCGUUUUGACGGCGGUGGUCACAUCCUCCCCUUCUUCGCUCAUCUCCCCUGACUACAUCACAACGACAACCGUACUUGUGAGCGAGAGUAGCUCACAAUCUUCAUCAGGCACCACCAACGUCGCCCCAGUCCCAGUUGGUCCAGCGACUAGCUCUUCUGUUCCAGUUGCUGGUGUCACCUCGACCACGGUCACCACCUCCGUCCCCGCUUCCAGCCCCAUCUCAGCUGUCACCUCUACGACCGUCACCACGACUGCUCCUUCGUCCAGCGAGGCCGCUCCUGUCUCCACCUCUUACAGCAGCUCUGGUACCACAGUCGUCCCUGUUCCAAUUGGCUACACCAGCGGUUCGGCCUCCGCCCCGGCUUCAGCUCCUGCUUCUUCUGCAUCAGCCUCGGGCGUCACUACCCUGACAAGCACCACGACCAGCCCAGCUGCGGGUUCUUCGGCUCCUGCUAGCUCGGCCCCAUCAAGCAACACCGUCAACCCGGCGAGCACCAGCGCCGCUUCUGCUAGCCGCACAAGCUCAGCUCCUGCCGCUGCCUCGACGACCCCAGCUCCCACCAAUGCCGGUAGCAAGCAGCUUCCUGCUGCCCUCGGUGGACUCGCCAUCGCUGCCGCCGCUAUGCUGUUCGUCUAA